UAAUGGCUCCCUGGAGGAACUUGAUCAAAGCAGGGAGCAGACAGUUAUCAGAAUACUCCUGUUGUGCCAUUUCAACCAUGAGACUCACAUUUCAAGCAUAUUUGAUGAUCUUCACACUGGGCAACCUUGUGGCUUCUCAGUUACAAUCUUCUGGUGGGAAAGUUGCUAUCAACACCACCAUAAUCAACUUCAAUAAGAAGAUGCAGAUCACAUGGGCAACAAGAGAGAUUUUCCCCAAUGAGAAUGUGUCAUUUUUUUACACAUUUGAUGAAGGCAAGCACAAAGUUUGGAAGCCAUGUCCCACCUAUUUAUUGGAUCAAGAUUAUAAUUCUGGAUGUCUUUUUAAGACAGAAGGUCCUACCCUUGCCAUUUCUAUCAGGAGCAGCAAUGGAAGUGAACAGUUUUUUUCUAAAAUAUUCAAAACUGAUUUUUACAUAAAGCCCAGUCCACCUGAAAAUGUGACCUUCUUCUGGGAAGAGGACACUGUUACUGUAAGCUGUAAUAAACCAAAGAGAAAUGCACUGUGCUUGACACUUGAGCUUCAGUACAAAAGCAAGUUUGACAAAGAGUGGCAAUCCAGAACUUCUAGAUGCUGCAGAGUGGGAGAGCAAGGCUUUGAUCCAAGGAAGUGCUACUCUUUCCGGGUCAGACUGUGGAGGCUCUCACGACUCUGCAACGUGGAGAAUUACAGCAGUGCCUGGGAAGCUGAAACAUUUUGGAUGAAUGGCACGUUAUUAGAUUCAUGUGAUGAUGAUGUAACUCCUCAGUCAAAAACAAUAAUUGUUUUAAGUUGUUCACAGGCAGUACUCUUAAUGAUGCUUAUUCUCCUGAUUCUUCUGUGUAAAUGGCAGAGGGUUCAGAUGUCAGUCCUGCCUGCUAUACCAGACCCAAAAUACUCAUUUGCUGAUCUCUUCAAUGAUCAUAAUGGAAACCUACAGGAAUGGCUAGUCAAAAAUGACCAUGUGGUGUUGCAAACCAAACUAGAAUAUGAGGAACCAGAGUCCAUUACUGAGGCAGAAAGUCAGCAAGAAGAUGGGAAGAACAGUGACAAACAAGGGCCUUUGGAAAAAAUCUUCACUUUUUCAGGAGCAGCUGAAAACAAUGAUGGCAAAGCAGCUGAGAUUGCCUGCCUGAUACCAGCACCCAACACUGCAGCUCCUCUUGCUGGCUUCCAUAUUUUAAUGAAUGAUGACAUGUAUGUGAUGUUAUAAAAGCUGCAUCAUGCAGGAGGGUUUAGGGAAUUCCAUAAAAAUCCUGAUGAGCUGGGGAGAGUGACUGAAUAGAAAAGGUCAUCAUGAUGAGAUUCACAUCAAGGAAGACACUGGGCUGUGUUUUUAAAUCUGUACUUUCCCAGCAGUUAGGAUCUCUUGGGCAGAAUCAAGUGUUUGAAACAAACUCCUGAUGAUCUACAGAGGUAGGAUUUGCUCUUCUAAUUGGGGUUUAUCCCUAAAGCUCAUUUUCUUGCUGUGGACAGGAGAGCACAGGAACUUUUCCAUAAUAUAUGUCAGCAGGGAUGAGAUUUAGUCCUUCUGCUUAUGGAGUGUGUAGAGCAGGGCAAAAGAACCAUUCUUCCCAAAUGAAGAGAGAAAAUAAAGAGAUUUUGCUGUCUCGUGUAAAGAGAUUUUUGAUGCAUAACUUUACAUUUCAUGGCAUGCCUUAAAGGUUUUAUAGAGAAGGAAUAAGGCCCUCAUCUAAGGAGAGGAGUGAGGAUACACAGUGUUAAAUCACAUUUUAGCCUGCAGAUUCUUCUGUGUAGCCUUACAGCCUUUAUUUUAGAAAGCAGAAGUUCAUUUUGAACAGUAUUUAACUGAGUUUCAUUUAUUUCAAACUGGGGUUUAGUGCAACCAGCAGCUGUAGACACAAAUUAGGACUUAUUGCAUAUACUAGUCUCUUGUUUUGGUCUAGGAAAUGGGGGCUUUGGGUUUUUUUAACAAGUUUAAAAAAUAAGUUUAGAACAAUAUUCUAAAGUUUUCUAAACAUACCUUCUUUUAAAGUAUGUUUAAAACCAAAUUUAAAAUGCAAUAUACUAAGCAAUCAAAAUUGAGAAAAAAAAUUUUGACUAUUCUGAGUUUCUCCAUAUCACUUAUGUUACAUGCUAUUUGAAGGCAAAUUUAGUAAAAAAUUUUGUGUUAAAAGUGUCUAUCAUCCAAGCAGAUACAGUGUGAUUAUAUGAUGAAUUAGCUACAGUUAUUCACCUGCAUAUCAGUCAGUCAUUAAAUGGCUUUAUCAGUUGACUAACCCUUGCCAAUCACAUGUUUUUAUUAUGCAAGCACUCUAAAUUAUUGUGCAAA